CAUCUGUGAGCGUGUCACUCCCCGGCUGUCUCACGCCAACUCAGCAGUGGUGCUGUCAGCUGUCAAGGUUCUGAUGAAGUUCUUGGAGCUGCUGCCAAAGGACUCCGACUACUACAACACCUUGCUGAAGAAGUUAUCCCCACCGCUGGUCACCUUGCUCUCUGGAGAGCCUGAGGUCCAAUACGUGGCUCUGAGGAACAUUAACCUCAUUGUCCAGAAAAGGCCUGAGAUCCUGAAGCAGGAGAUCAAGGUUUUCUUUGUCAAGUACAACGACCCUAUCUAUGUGAAACUGGAGAAACUGGACAUCAUGAUCCGCUUGGCCUCCCAGGCCAACAUUGCCCAGGUGCUGGCCGAACUGAAGGAAUACGCCACAGAGGUGGAUGUUGACUUUGUGCGCAAGGCUGUACGAGCCAUCGGACGCUGUGCCAUCAAAGUGGAGCAAUCAGCUGAGCGCUGCGUCAGCACCCUGCUGGACCUGAUCCAGACCAAAGUCAACUACGUGGUUCAGGAGGCUAUUGUGGUCAUCAGGGACAUCUUCCGCAAGUACCCCAACAAGUAUGAAAGCAUCAUCGCCACACUGUGUGAGAACCUGGACUCUCUGGAUGAGCCCGACGCUCGUGCUGCCAUGAUCUGGAUUGUUGGCGAGUACGCCGAGAGGAUUGACAACGCUGACGAGUUGCUGGAGAGCUUCCUCGAGGGUUUCCAUGACGAGAGCACCCAGGUCCAGCUCACUCUGCUGACUGCCAUUGUCAAGCUGUUCCUUAAGAAACCAUCAGAGACUCAGGAGUUGGUGCAGCAGGUCCUCAGCUUGGCCACCCAGGACUCUGAUAACCCCGACCUGCGUGACCGAGGCUACAUUUAUUGGCGCCUGCUGUCCACUGACCCUGUGACGGCCAAGGAGGUGGUGUUGUCAGAGAAGCCCCUGAUCUCAGAGGAGACAGACCUGAUCGAACCCACCCUACUGGACGAGCUCAUCUGCCACAUUGGCUCCCUGGCUUCUGUCUAUCACAAACCCCCCAGUGCCUUCGUCGAGGGCAGCCAUGGAAUCCACCGGAAACACCUUCCUGUGCAGCACAGCAGCAUUGACACAGGUGAGAGCCCAGUGAGCGGCGGGCCAGCAGCUGCCAUGGACCAGCCACAUGUGAUCCCCAGCCAGGGUGACUUGCUGGGUGACCUGCUGAACCUGGACCUGGGCCCCCCAGUCAAUGUGCCCCAGGUCUCCUCCAUGCAGAUGGGUGCGGUGGAUCUUCUGGGAGGAGGCCUGGACAGUUUGCUGGGGGGAGACCUGGGCGGAGGUGUUGGGGGAAGUCCAGCAGUGGGACAGAACUUCAUCCCUUCAUCUGUCCCCAGUACUUUUGCUCCGUCACCCACACCAGCUCCUCAGGCUGUCAGCAGUGGCCUUAACGACUUGUUUGAGCUUUCCACCGGCAUGGCCAUCACCACUGGAGGCUUCGUAUCCCCUAAAGCAGUGUGGCUGCCGGCAGUGAAAGCCAAAGGACUGGAGAUCUCUGGAACCUUCUCUCGCCGCCAGGGUCACAUGUACAUGGACAUGACCUUCACCAACAAGGCCCUGCAACACAUGACCGACUUCGCUGUCCAGUUUAACAAGAACAGUUUCGGGGUGAUCCCUACCAGUCCUCUGCCCAUUCACACUCCGCUGAUGCCCAGUCAGAGUAUUGAGAUCUCUUUGCCUAUCAACACCAUCGGGCCAGUCAUGAAGAUGGACCCUCUCAAUAAUCUGCAGGUGGCUGUGAAGAACAGCAUCGAUGUCUUCUACUUCAGCGUACUCAUCCCUCUCAACAUAUUCUUUGUUGAGGAUGGAAAAAUGGAGCGACAGGUGUUCCUGGCUACCUGGAAAGACAUCCCCAAUGAGAAUGAGCUCCAGUACCAGAUAAAGGAGUGUCACCUAAAUGCAGACACAGUAUCGGGCAAGCUGCAAAAUAACAACAUCUACACCAUCGCCAAGAGAAACGUAGAAGGCCAGGAUAUGCUCUACCAGUCCCUCAAGCUAACCAACGGCAUCUGGAUCUUGGCUGAGCUCCGCAUUCAGCCCGGCAACCCCAACUACACGCUGUCUCUCAAGUGUCGGGCCCCGGAGGUUUCUCAAUACGUCUACCAGACAUACGACUCUGUGCUGAAGAACUGACCUGCUCUCCCACUCAGCAACUCGGCUUCAUCCUGACGACAAACUGCAGUGUUUUAUCAUUUUCUGCCAUCUGCAGCAACUGCCAAAACAAAGGAAUCCAAACAGUAAAUGACGGGUUUCUAAAUAAUUUGGAAUAUUUGGUGUUUUUUCCUCUGAAGACAAAUUUCAAUACAAAAGAAUAGUGUGUGUGUGUAUAUCAUACUGGAGUUAAAACGUUCAAACACUGUUGAUGUUCUUUAUUUUGGCAGUUUGAAGCAGCAUUGGAUCCUGUUUCAACCCCCAUUUAAAUUUUUACCUCCCAGUGAGAACACGUCAACCAUUCCAUCCUUAACUUAGUGUCUUAAUGUUGUAAAGAUGUGACUGAUGGUGAAACUGUCAAACGAGUGAAAAAAUAAUCUCCCCAGUUUCCAUUAAGCCAUUCUUUUGUACGGUGUGUGGCUCACACUCCUUUUGGUUGUCUUUUUUUUAUCUUGACUUUGCUUCAGUUGCACCUUCAGAAUAAUACUAGUGUUGAUUUGUUCCUUUUGCCAUUAACGUGUGUGAACCAACAAUGUGAUCAACAGAAGCUACUAACAUCUGUGCUACAGCAGGUUUGCCUCCCAGAGGUCAAAGCUUACAGUUACUUACAGAGACAUGCUAAAUUAACCAACGUUAUAUUGCGCAACAUACGUGUUCCUGUUCUUCCUGUCAUGACUUAAACACAGUGUCUUGUAUUUAAUGGGUGAUAGAAAUAUUACUAUUCCUCCAUAAGUAUAACGCCCAGUUUAGACCAAAGAUUGGCAGCGCAACAAAACCGGUUUAGAACGUUGCAGAAAAAAAGUGUCAGCGGUGUGAACUGCUCGGUCUGAGCUCGACUCAAGCUGGGUGAUGGUGUGACCUGCAGAUAGCUGGUCAAAUUGCUGACGGCUGGUUUUAAAGCACAUCACCUGUUUCAACAGCCAAUCAGCUUGUAGUGAAGCUCACUGGUCAAGUCAAAAUGACUGCAGGAGGCGUGUUCACUUGCAGCAGGUGCUCCGUCGAGCCCUCUGUUUGCGUCCUCACCGUGUGCCGGUGUCAGACGGUGGUGAUAAUUGGUGCUGUUUUUAAAAAUAUAUAUAUUACUGUGGCGUAUUGAUUAUGAAUACAGUCCAUCUAAUGCUGGUUUUGUUUCAUCGCUGUAGCCAGUAUCUCACUAUCACUAUCCCCAUUCAGAUUUUAAGAAGCUACAAAUUAUAUUCAGCCACAAAAUAAACCUGAAAAGCUGCAAAUCAGAACAGAAGUACAGAGAGUUGUUGACCAGAGAUGAUACACUGUCAUCUAGUUGCAUUGAUGUGAACCAGCAGGUUUUUAGAAUGUUUCAGUUGCCUGUUUAAACUCAUCUCAUCUUGUCUUGAAUCUUUGGUCUGAACUGGGCUUUAAAUGUUGACCAGUAAAUGAAAAACUUAAAAUAACAUUCCAAACGGUCGGAAACAGAAACGCAGACCACAGAUCGCACGAGUAAGAGCACCAGUAACUCUAAAGUGACGACUAAAUCCUGGCGUUUCAUUUCGGCUCCCCACCUGUGAAUUAUGGCGAAAGAAAAACAAACUCCCAGUGUGGUGAGGUGUCUGCGGGCUGUUUCAGUGGAGGAACACAAACCAUCAGUAGGACAGACAGUCGGGAAGCUUCUGACUCAAAGUAACGCACAGUACAUUUGUUUAACUUGUUUAAAUAUCCAGGUUGCCAUUAUUUUCAACUCGCAAGUCUUCACUUGGAACCACUACAUAAACCACAGCAGCUAUCGAAUAUGUGUUAACACACCAGUGCCACUCCGAAGAUGAUUUGCUGGUUCAUUUCACAUGUAUCUUUUUGUAACAGCCCCGUUUACUGCAACCACUUAGUUGUACACCGCUUUAUGCAUCGUCAUUCCUAUUUAUUGUGCAUCUACCUCUGCCUGUUUCCUUUUUAACUGGCUUCACUGUACCUUCAGUUCUGUAAUGUGCUUUCACUUUUUCUUUUGAUACCAGUGUUUUUGUGAUCUCCAUGUCAUUGUUGUCAGGCCAGUCCAAACCUGUGGCAAAUCAGCUGAACCAAUUUCACAGGACCAAGCAUUCGCGCAAAUUAAAUGCCAAGCUUACGUUUUAGUACCCUAGUGUCAGUAUAACCUUCUAAUGUUGGCUUUGUGUGUGCUAUAGAACAAACGCCCAAAGGCCCAGAGUUGCGCUAGUACAGUGUAGUCCAGUGAUGGUGUAGUUUAUGUAGCUGAUAAAUGAAAAUGUUUUGGUAUUAACCCUGAAAAGGAAAUGAAGCCUUGCUUCUAUCUGUUCAACAGAAAAGACUUUUUCGGUGUAGCAGUUGUGUUGGUGACACUAUUUUCCUACAUGUAAAAAAAAAAAAAAAGUUUAUGUGCCUGCAUGAGCCCACUGUCCAUUUUAUCCUUUCUCAUCUAGGUUGUGGCUUUGCUCCAUUUCAAAUCUAAUCUCCCACCUUCAUGUCUCUGUUGCAGAUCUCAUAUGUUUUUUAAAAGCAACAUUGUCUCGAGCACUCCCACAUAUAGAAGCAGAACAUUUGCCAGCAAUGCAGGAUGUUAGGUGAGAGCAAUCAUAGCAUCUUGUGAAAUGGAAUAUUUCUAGCAUCUUUGCUGUAACCCUGCUGUAAAUGAUUUGUUAUUGUCACAGUACCACACCUUAUGUCAUUAAACUGUCAAACACA